CGGACAUUUCGAUAAAAAAAUGACUCUUUUCCGGAGAUUUAUUUGCUUCCUGCCCAAGUCAGGCACUUGGAAAUAUCCAGCAGUAUACCAGUAUUCAAUUCCGUUAGCUCCAGAAGUAGAUUGGGCGUCACGGAGAACACAACCACUUGUUACAGUUUCUCGGCACUUUCACAAAUCACCUCAAAGGUUAUCAAAACGCAUAAAAAUGCCAAAAUUGGAAGGUGCGGAACGUCAGAAGCAGCUUGAACCUCUCUUCAAGGCUGGUUGGACUCUUGUUGAGGGUCGUGAUGCAAUUUACAAAGAAUUCCUCUUCAAGAACUUCAACGAGGCAUUUAGCUUUAUGACCAGAGUUGCUUUGCUGGCGGAAAAAAUGGAUCACCACCCGGAGUGGUUCAACGUAUACAACAAAGUUCAAGUCACCAUGUCGACACAUGAUGUUUCCGGACUAAGUAGCAAGGAUGUCCGGGUGGCGAACUUUAUGGAAGAUAUUUUUAAGACAUACCAAUAAAUCCAGCUCACCAGCAUAACUGAAAUCUGCGUCCAAAACUACACAAAAGGACAAUAAAAAGAAUUCUCUCACGUUGCAUAA